AUGCAGUCAACACACUCGUUAUCUCGACAACCACAACGGCCGGCUGGAGCCGAGUCGCCGGCAACUGUUGAAAGCAGCGCAGGGGGCAGCAUGUCAUCUCAGACAUCUGGGCCUAGGAGUUCCUCGGCCUCAUCUCGAUCUCAGGCCUCAAAAGGCUCCGUGGCCGACAAGCAACUCUCACAGAUCGAGAAAAGCGUAACCCAUCUCCUCGUAGCCACCAAACAGCUCCUUGAGACCUUGACGCAAUGGUCACGCCAGCAAGCCACCGAAAACGAGGUGUCGGAUGUUUAUGUGCGACUGGGGUACGAAUUCAACCUAGCUUGCCGUGCCUUCAACGCCAUCGGGGUCGAUACAUCGGAUCUUGGGCCCGUUCCCGAUCUCCUGCGCACAAUACUUGAAGACACAUUAAGCCAAGAUGCCUCCCCGCAAAGCCUGGAUAGGUAUCUACCUCGUAUACGAGAUAUAAUUAUCAACCUCCUACACGGUCUGAAGAAAAAACAGGCACGGUUGCGCUCUCGACAAGCCCGAGAAGAUAGCAAAGGCACGCCUCCUCCUCCCAGGCAAGCCAGCUUGGGAAGUGUGGCAAGCAGUCAGGCUGGUCCAUCACAACAAGCGCCCGAAGAUGCCAUGCCUCAGUCGCCCCAGAAGCGCCCCUCUUCUUCGGCACGUCGAUAUGGAAGCAGUGGUUCACUGGAAGAACAGAUUACCCCUGCGAUGCCUCGUGACCGCGGAAGCAGUUUCGCAGACCGUGAAAAUUCGAAACGAGAUGCUCAACGAGCUCUUAAUUCCCAGAAUUCAGUGUCAUCCAUAUCAACCUCAACGGCUCAGAAUCCAUCUGCACAAUCCCCUGUCUCGGAUGGGACCUCAAUUUAUCCGGCCCCGCCUCCGCCUCCGCCUCCUCCAAAACAAGACGAUGCGUUGGGUGCACUACAACGAAGCGGCGAACUGGAGCGACGUGCAUCUCGUCGGUUUUCAGCAUAUCAAAUACAAAAGCAUCUUGGAACAUCCUCAAACGGCGUCCCUGUUCUUCCCACUCAGACCGCAGCCUUACCUAACAGAGGCCGCGAUGUCAGGGAGUCGUUGAAUGCUGUCCGUUUGCGUGGUUCUUACGUCCACGGCCGACAGAGGUCGACUAACCGCCACGAAAUAUCGCCCAACCGGCCUAAUCAAGGCCAGCCUACGCCGAUAUCCAUAGAGAAUGGUGAUGCAAGCCGGUCAAACUUGCAAAUUGUGCCACCCAGCGAGCCUGCUCCUGCUGAGGAUCACGGUAGCCCAAUGGCGAAGACGCCGUCCGACAAACUUCGAUCUCCGGUUGAAUUAGAUGGCCGUGAUAUACCCAGGGCCAACGCUUCUGUUUCCUUGCCUCAGCCGUCCCAGGACACAGCACUAGCUGAGGCAUUCGAGCCCAUUAAAAGAAGCGCCGAAGAUGCGGCAGAACAUACGCCCUCACCUGCCGAAGGCCCUCCGCCGGCACUGGCUACUCCUACUCACCUACAACAAUUCAUACCGGAUCAGUCGCCUUCUCCAGGUAAGGAGUUGACGCUAUUUUUACAGUACAAGAGCAAGAUCAAGAAGUACGUCAUCUCCGAAGGGUCUACAGGCUUAACAAUCGGACGGCUCCAACUGGCUUUCAUUGAGAAAUUUGCUUGGAACACUCAUCAAAAUGGGGUUGAUCUUCCGGAAAUAUAUAUUCAGGAUCCUAUCUCCGGGAUACGACACGAACUUGAAGACUUGAGCGAUGUCAAGGAUCGAUCUGUUCUAGUGCUAAACGUCGAAGUACUGGACGAAGUUAAACGUCAUUUUGAUGACGGCAUUGGAAGCAUCCGCAGUUUGAUCGAAGGGGUAAAAAGCGCAGUGGACGUCCAGGAAACCGUCAUCCAGCGCGUUUCGGAGCGCCAGAUUGACGCUGCUAAAGAAAUGGCUCGCUUUUCAGCAGCUCCACAAGUGCCCACUCGUGUCGACACAUCUAAAGCCGGUGCAGUGCGCGGGCCCAUUUCGGGUAAUAGCGACCAACUUACGGAACUCCAGAACUUGAGACGGGACAUUGCCGUUUUGCGUCAGACCUACUCUAGCUUUUCUUCCGAUAUAGCUGCAUCUAUGAGCAAGAUCCGAGCCAAAGCAAGCGGCGUGAAGACUGCGGCCGAUACAGUAUCGACACCCAACGAGGGCGACGCCGGACGUGCUCGCAUUAAUGCCGGAAAGAAAGAGCUUGGAGAAGACUCGGAAAGACUCGUUGGGAGGGUCGAUGACCUUCAAGAUUUGGUUGAAGAUAUUCGAAAGGAUGUUGUCACACGUGGCGUGCGCCCUCUGCCUCGUCAGCUGGAGACUGUUAGUCUAGAUCUCAGCUCCGUCACCAAGGACGUCAAGAAGAUGCAGGAUUUCUUGAAACGGGAGAAACCCAUCUGGACAAAGAUCUGGGAGAAAGAGCUUCAACUUGUUUGCGAGGAGCGUGAUCAGUUGACCAUGCAAGAAGAUCUGGCUGCCGACUUGGAAGAUGAUCUGGAAAAGGCUGCGCAAACUUUUGCUCUUGUGGAACAAGCCACGCGUCAACAGAACGCGCAGAAUUCCGAAGGGGCGCCUGUUCUCCGUAAUGUAUCUCGCAGUCUUGUGGUCGACCAUAAUGUGGACCCAGUCAAGGCCAAAGACGGAGUGCUCGGUGAAGUUCGUGCUCUUCAGCCAAAUCAUGAAUCACGCUUGGAAGCCAUUGAGCGAGCGGAGAAAGCACGACAGAAGGAGCUCGAGACUCGCCGCGUCGGGCUGUUCCAGAAAGAGCUGGGGAACUUUGUUGAAGAAGGAAAGCUGAAGAAGAGCGGAGGUGUGGAAGAAACCGAGCGACUUCGCCGAGCUAAGGAUGAUCGAAUUCGCAAAGAGGUAUACGAGCGCAUGGCUGCAAGAGCGGCCGGGAUUGAGCAAGCGGAAACAGCAGCCACACAACCCGCUCCAAAUGAGACAGAUGAAACGCCGUCUGUUCCCUCAGAGGGAGAAGAAGCAAGCUCUACACCGCAAUCCGGUGUGAACGACAGUCCUGUAACGGAAGAGCCGGUAUCUACAGAGCCUGGCGAACCUGGAGCGGAGGAAAGUUCAACGGACGCUCGUGCGCAGCCAGUUUUGAAUUUCGCAUGGGAAUUUAUUAUGUUGUGGUUUAGCAAUUUACCACGAUUAGUUACUCCCGAUAACCUUGAUAAGAUUAGCACUGUAGCAACAGGGGCCCGUGCGCCGAUGCAUUUGUUUUGCGGGAUGCGACAACACCUGCGACUCUCUCUUUCUCUCUCAUUACACCUAGAUGGAGUUGUCGUACGGAAUAUGAAAUUCUCCACCUCUUCCCUGUUCCUGUUUCUCGGACUUCUUUUCCGGCCUACGGUGGGGACCUCUGUUGACGAUGGAGCUGCACAGCAACAAUGGAAUCAACACAACGCAACGGGAAUCCGAAAGAUGACCGGAGACGAGGGCGAGAAGUUCUACUUUGAGUAUUGGGAUUUUGGAGGCUUGUCGUCUUCUCUGGGCAUGGACAAUGCUAGCUUUGAUGCAAAUGCCGGGAAGAAAGAAUUGCUACCAGCCCUAGCGCUGCAUACGGGAAAUGACUCGGAGAGCUUUGAUCUAGCCGAGCGGUAUUCGAGAAGCGCGAGACGUGCUCUGGCUAUGUUAUUAGGGAGAGAUUUUAAAUGUCCGACUGGCACGUGCAGGAUACUGGGUCAGGCACAGUUGGUUGCUGUCCAGCCAGCGAGAACUGUGGAGGAACUGCGUGUAUGUGUCGACGUAUACGGUAACGGAGCAAUCCACGACCUUUGUGGCUUCCUCUACCGUCUCAACUGUGUCAUUAGAACCCACGACAAGUCACACGUCCGUAUCGUCCAUCAUAACGUCAACAACCAUGUCUCCCGUACCACCUGUGCGGCCUACUACUGA